CCAAUCUUGAGCGAAAUUACUGUCAAUAUUUUGUUGGUAGAAAUGACUUCUGUGUCUAUUCCUUUAUGGCCAACAGCAUCAACCAAAGGAAAGAUUCCUUCUUCGCGCUGGGAAUCUGCUGUCAACUCUUUCGUCCUCCAACUAGGAGCGGCCCUUUCGACUCCUGACGCCCGGUCCAUUUCACAGAACUGCAUGCCAUUCCUCACCAGCUAUCUACAUGAAGAAGCGUCUGGACGUCUUAGGCAGCUGGAUUCCGAGCUGCCUUCCGAUUCCGCUGCCGAAUUUGUGUUGCGAAAACGUGCUUUCGAAGUCUUGCGACGGAUUGCAAGCGUUCCAGGCACGAUCGAUCCUGGCCUGCUUAUGGACGCUGCGGUCGUAUACGAAGGGUCCAAUCAUACGGCUAUGGUAUCUCUCGUGGACGAAGCACUCACGGUGACGCCUGCAUUGUCAGCGUCGCUCCGGAGUGAGGUGAUUCCUGCAUUCGUCACGAUGCUACCGCAGCCAAACGUCACCACCCCAGCCCUCCUCAGAUCAUCUAUAUGCCUCAUACGACUACUUAAUUGUGGGUCCAGCAUGGUCGACGUGCUGUCCGAUAACCAGCUUAUUCUCGCCAUCGCCAAAGCCUACAAUAACACACCUUUUCCCUCCGUUGAGUCCGAGCAGCUCGUUCUGCAAGCCAAAGCCAACCUACUCGACUCCUUCCGCACGCUAAUCUACGCUCGUACUUCUGCUGCUCGACAUCAACGCACAAAGCGAGAAGGACUAUACGAGCUCCUUUACCUCCUGCACGACCUGGCCCCUCCAACGUCCCCUCCUGACACCCAACAUACCGCGAGCUCAAGCCUCGUUGCCCGCAUACAGGCACCGAUAUUGGCGGUCUAUGAAUCCAUGUAUGGACUGUCAAAGACCUUGGAAGCGAUGGGUCUGGUGGGAGAUGCCACGAGGAAAUAUAUGGUGCAGACUCUCAAGGGUCUUCGAAUCCCCGGACUUGGGCAAAAACAGGUUACUCAGCCCACACCACCCGCUGGUUUGAACGGUUCUGGAAGAAACAGCAACGCUAAAGGGAAAGGAAGGUCUCAGGCACCGGGAUCAACUGCCGACGAAACCCCCGAGCUCGAGCUUAAACUGACUCAAGUACUCGAUAUCCUCCCCGACGAAAGUCCCGAUCUGAUCCGAGCAUGCCUCCGACACCCGCCAUUCGGGGGAUCCGUCGAGCAGGUCGUCGCUGCUUUGCUUGAAGGGAACAUACCCGCCGAAGUGAGAGCGAGCGUCGGUUCGGAAGAACGGAAAGACGCGUUCCCUCUGCUGGAAAGCAGAAGGAACGUGUUUGACGACGACCCGUUGGAUUUCUCUAAACUCCGAAUAGGGAAGAAUCGGGACAACGCCGACGGUGUAUUGCGCAAUCGUGCACAACUCGAUGCUGUUAAAGCGGACAUUCUCCGACGCGUUCAGGACAUGUCGGAUUCCGAAGAGGAAGACGCAGAAGCAGAAGGACGAAAAAUAGUGGCUUUCGAGGAGGAACUAGACGACGGGAUGGAGCCGUCCAGUGCUGUCAAGGUGACGAAUGACGGGGAGGAGAGUGAAGAAGGUGACGAUAUGGAGGAUGGGGAGCCGCAGUCUGCGAAGAAGGUGGAUGUGGAAACCCUGCUGGAGCAAACGUAUAUCCGAGAUCCGAAGCUGUUCGACCGAGACGCAGCGACGAGGAGGACGAAGCAACGGGCAGAUCUUCGAGCGCAGACAGGCUGGUCAGACGAACAACUGGAGGGAUGGCGUAUCAUGCUGGAGCGUAACCAGCCUCGGAAAGACAAGAUAUUACAAAAGCACGAGUUCUCAGGAAAUCGCCCGCUUGUCCCAGAAGAUGAAGGUCAACCCUCUUCGUCCCACGCAUCCGAUCGUGAGGGACAGUCCAGCCAUCAGGUCCGAGGAAGAGGAGGCAGAGGCGGGAGAGGUCAAGGAGCCCAUCGUGGGGGAGGCGGGGAAGGAAGAGGAGGUAGCAAUAGUGCGAGAGAUCGGGCUUGGAAGGACAAGAACAAGGCGAGGCAAGGGAACCAUGAUCGGAAGAGAGGACAUGACAAGAAGCUAGCGCGCGCUGCAGGACCACCUGCAUCAGAUGCCGGUUGA